AUGGAAUUUGUUGAUAUACAGUUGGCGAGAGCAACGCUUAUUCACGUUAUGGAACUUCAAAUUCAACAGCGUAAGCAAGCUGUGGAGGACAUUAAUAGGAGGAGAGAAGAGGUACAGCGAUUUCGAAAGGAUGCUUUCAUCAGUUUAGAUGGACAAUAG